AUGCCAUCGCGCCGCGUCCCUUCCGUUUUGCGCCUUCUUGAGCGCAGCUUCAUGGCCUGGAAGGCCUUGACUCUGGCUACCAACUGCGCCUACCCAGCAAUGGUAGUCCUCUCAGAGUCGAUGGAGCCUGCCUUCUCCCGAGGAGACAUCAUCUUACUUGCCAACUGGCAAGAAGUCGAGGUCGGUGACAUCCCGGUGAUUUGGUUUCAGGGACAGCUCCUCCCUAUGGUGCAUCGAGCCGUUGAGAUCCUGUUUGAUGAUGGCCAGGAGCGUUUGAUCUUGACAAAGGGCGACAACAACGAAAUCAAUGAUGUGGUACUAUAUCCCUUUGGGGCUAUUAUCACGCCUAAAGUCCCCUCUAAGUCUGUUUUCGAAGAUGGCUCGUUUGUCUCGAUGCGUUCAGCAGAGCAGGUCUUGGUGCUACGCUUCUGA